AUGCACGACUUGAACGAAGCCCUGGAAGAACUUCGUAGUUGUCUACCGUACUCUCAGGACCAGUCUGCACGGAAAAUGAGCAAAAUCAAUACUUUGCUACUGGCAUGCAACUGGAUUCGGCAGCUGACGAUCCGAAAUCACGAGCUGCAGAAGCAGGUGGCAGCGUUGCGAGCUGAGGACCGUAUCUCUGUGCCUAUCGGACCCCCACCGCCAUCAUCUCACACCAACCAACGCGUUUACCAUGACACCUGGGCCUAUCAAUUUCGCACUAGGACCACCUGCAUGAAACGUUCGGCAGCUAAUAGCGCCAUGUAUUUCAUGUCG